AUGACAGUUCUCACAAUAACUAUCAACAACAGGUCACAAGAUACCUGUAGCUACGGCUUGUAUGCUGAACCUCCAACAAUUUCACCGAGUACCCCGACGUUGACCCGAAUAAUCACACGCGUGCAAGGGGUAGCGAAUCCUCACGGACAAGCUACCUUCAUCCUAUCGAAAGAGCUCAUCGCCACCUGCGGUAUCUACGACGUUGACUACAACAUCCCCACGCCGCCCGAUCCGAAGAAGAAGCCAGUAGGAACGGGGACAGAAGUGAUUGACCAGCAGUCUGUGAACCUGGGGUCCCAAACCCUCGACGGAACUCUCGUCUCGGGCACGGUGCUCGAGAUCGACUGUUCCCAUGGCACCCCGUGUUUUUCAAAGGUGACGGCGAGAGCCACGGCUGGUUCGGGAGCUUUCGCUAUCAGGACCAGAACUGAUUUUGUCCCCCAACAGGCAGCUUCAAAUAAGUUCUUCAUCGGAUAUAGCUGCUCUGUCCGUCAGGAUAUCGGCCCUUACGCAACCUUCGUCCCCGUUCCGAACCAAACAUACCAGAUCAUGCCGUCCAACAAAUUCUACAUCACGAUGGGCGAGUUCAAUACCCGCGACCUCGUAAAAAAGCCCCAGGAGAUCGGCACCGACACAGUCCUCAUAGACUUUGAUCAGCUCGCCACAGACCGUGUUUCGAUCGUUCACGAUGCGAACAAUAAUCUCACAGUGCAGGUGCCCCCCGCGCCUCCGAGUAAUCCUGGAAAUCGGAUGACGGCACUAGAUGCAAUGUCGUGGGAAGAAUCUCCUUCUGCUCUAUAUCAUAUCUCUGUAACAGGAGGCAGCACAACCACGGCUGAGAAUGACAGUGACAUUACUGAUGAUCAGAGCACGACAGUUGGCUCAUUCACGCCGACAAGCUCGGUUGCCUAG